UGGUCUGGUCCACCGUGGACUUCGCAGCAAUUGAAUGACAUGCUUUCUGUUACGAGCAUUUAGGGACUAACGUGUUAAUAAGCAAGAUUUACUGAAUCCGAGGCUGUUGCAGGGAGGGCUCCAUGAAUGUUCGUCACCAUGAUGAUGAUGGACCAAAUGCUGGACCUCCCGCCUCCAUUGAGCAACGAGGUUCCCAUGAUGCACCACAUGAUCAAUGGCGAUGCACCACAGCAGGUGAUCCUGGUCCAGGUGAACCCAGGUGAGACGUUCACCAUCCGCAUGGAAGACGGGGCUUUGCAAUGCAUCCAAGGGCCUGCUGAAGUUCCCAUGAUGUCACCGAACGGUUCCAUUCCACCAAUCCACGUUCCUCCUGGCUACGUCUCCCAGGUUCUGGAGGACAACACGGGCAUGCGGAGGGUUGUGGUCACACCUCAUUCUGAAUGUUACCCUCCGAGUUACUCUCCGGCUCUGUCCCCGAGCCACCACAUUCACCCGCCGUACCUGACGCACCCACACUUUAUUCCGGCUUCACAUACGUCAUAUUAUCCCCCAGUCAGCCCCGGUGACGUGCCCCCACAUCAGUUCUAUCAGCACCGACUGCCACCCAUCUUUCCGGAAGAGAUCAUCCCGCUGUAUAACAUCUCCACUUUCAUGGGUCAUGAGGAGUACUGUAAACCUCCACCCAAGAAGCUCAAACAGCCGGUGGAGCGUACAAGUCUAAGUCAGGUGACCAGCCCGCUGUCCAACAGCUACAAGAACACCACGGCCUGCACCACCACCGCUAACGGCUACGGCAAGAGCCACAGCAGCCCUGGAGGAGGAGGAGGAAGCCCUGGCAACAAGAGGCCAGAUCGAAGAGCCAGAGGAAGCCCCAAACACUCAGACACUGAGCCACAGGAUCACGAUGUGGACACGAGACGAGUACAGGCUGUGCCAUCAGGAAUGGACAAGCCGCAGGUGUCUAACGUACAGUCCCGCUCCGCGCUUGUGUCAUGGACGCCUGUUUCUGUAUUGGGAUCAUCUGGACGGGUCCCUUCCUGUGGUUACGAGCUCCAGUUCAAGGACAAGGGCCGAGACGGGAAAUACAAGGUUGUGUAUAGUGGUGAGGAGCUCCAGUACACCCUCACUGACCUCAGACCAGCCACAGACUAUCACGUCAGGGUAAGCACAGUGUGUAACUCAGUAAAGGGUCCCAGUUCGGAUGCGAGGGCCUUCACUACCCACAGUGCCCCUCCUGAUACCCCUCUACCCCCCAGACUGUCCCAUCGCACCAAGAGCUCGCUCACAUUACAGUGGAAGCCCCCUGCGGACAACGGCUCAAAAAUCACCAAUUAUGUUCUAGAAUGGGAUGAGGGGAAGAAAAACAGCAUUUUCCAUGAAUAUUAUGUUGGACACCAGCGACACUGCAAAGUAAUGAGGUUGUGCCCUGCUGUCGGGUACACGUUUCGAGUGGCAGCACUAAAUGAUAUUGGCACCAGUGGAUUCAGCACAGAAGUCGUCUUCUACACCACAGGAAGUCUCCCGCAGACGUCUUUACCUCCGCGGCUGGUACAGGCAGGUCCGUCCUGGGUUACACUGGAGUGGACGCGACCAAACAGCUGCAGCACUGAGGAGGUCGUCACAUACAUCCUGGAGAUGCAGGAUGAGACCAAGGGACUGGACUUCCAGGCAGUUUACAGCGGUUUGGAGCUGAACCGUAAGGUGGAGUCCCUAAGAAGGAACACACAGUACAAAUUCAGGCUCAUCACUUGUAGUGGCGAGUGGCACAGUGCACCGAGCUCUUUGCUUGUGUGUAAGACAACCCCAGACAGACCCGGACCCCCUGUGAAUCCUGCAGUAAACACUGUCACAUAUCACAGCUUCUGUGUGACGUGGGAACCUCCACAAGAUGAUGGUGGAUCUGGAGACUUAACGUAUGUCUUGGAGAUAUCAGAAGGGAAUUCGGAAGGUGUUUCUGAAGAGAGGCAGUGGGCGACUCUCUAUAGAGGACCAGAGAGGAAACAUUUGUGUGAGGAUCGAAAACCAGCAACAAGCUACUCCCUGAGACUCAGCUGUGUGAAUGUGGGCGGCCAAAGCCAGUGCUCAGAUGACUUGACGGUGUCCACUCAUUUCCCGCCCCCUGGCCGCUGUCAACCCCCAAGUAUCGUGGGUAAUGUCAAACACAAAGAGAUGACCUUGCAGUGGGGUGAGACUUAUGGACCGUACUCUGAAUCAGUGGAAAUAAGCACUGCCGCCGGCCCCCCAGGACAAUGUAGACCACCUGCCAUCAAUGUGACGUCACACACCUGUGCAGAUGUGACCUGGGAGAACAAAGAGAGCUCUGGGAUAGACAUUUCUGAGUACCGGCUGGACUGGGGACGUGAUUUGGACUCUCUCGAACUGGUCUACAGUGGAACGGAAACCUACUUCCAAAUCUCCAACCUGGAGGCAUCUACGGACUACUGCUGCAGGCUACAGGCAGUGAACCAGGCAGGGGCGGGCCCCUACAGUGAUCUGGUGACGUGUCGGACCCCUGCGGCGGCCCCUGAUGUUGUAUCCGGAUUUCGCCUUGUUGACCACCCUCUGAACCCAACAGAAAGUGAACCCUUCUCCCACUCCACCUGUCUGGCCCUCACCUGGGACGAGCCUCGCUGUAAUGGAGCAGAAAUGACCUCCUACAGCAUCUCAAUGGGCGACAGCAUCAUCACCGCCGGAAACGUAACCUGUCACGUUAUCAGGGACCUGCUGCCGGACAGCGAGUACAGCCUGCAGAUUCGAGCAGAAAAUGAAAUGGGCCCCGGGCCCUUCAGUCAGACUCUGACGGUGAGGACCAGACCCCUUCCGCCAUCUCCUCCUCGGCUGGAGUGUGCAGCGGUCGGACCUCAGAGUCUGAAACUACGCUGGGGUUUCAGCAGCCGAAGUCAACUCACAGACGACACGACCUACGUCCUGCAGAUGGAGGACAGGAAUCAGAGGUUUGUGGUGGUUUACAGAGGUCCGAGCCACACUUUUAAGCUGCAAAGACUGAGCGAAUCAAGCCGGUACCGUUUCCGGAUCCAGGCAGUGAGCGAAGCAGGCGAGGGGCCGUUUUCUGAUACGUACACCUUCUGCACCACCAAAUCUCUGCCACAAACACUGAAAGCCCCAAGAGUUGUUCAGCUAGAGGGAAAUGCCUGUGAGGUCACAUGGGAGAGUAUUCCACCAAUGAGAGGAGACAGAAUCAGCUAUGUGCUACAGGUGCUGGGAGGCAGAGGUUCUGAUUAUAAACAGGUGCAUAAGGGAGACGAGACGUCCUUCCAGCUCUCCGGGCUGCAGUGGAACACAGACUACCGCGUGCGAGUGUUUGCAUGCAGGCGCUGCGCAGACACCCUCCAGGAGCUGUGCGGGUCCUUCGGCCCAUCCGCCCACUUCAACCUGCGGCGGUCUGACGCCACACUGGCUGUGGAAGCGGACGUCACCAGGGUGCCCAUGGGCAACACCCUCACCGAUGAACAAUUUGCCGGCCUCAUGGUAUUUGGGGUGGCCUCUCUCUCUGUCCUAAUGGCCUUCCUGCUUCAGCUUCUGAUUUAGAGCCAUUCUCGUCUGUCUCUUCAGUUUUUAAACUACAACUCGCAAAACCAUUAAUGCAAGUACUGUUUGGUCAUUGACCAAAUUACACCUUUUACACUUAAAAUUUCAUGUAUUUUUCUAUAAGAUGAGUUACAGCUUUAACAAAUCAGUAAUGAUGAUAUGUACUGUUUGGGCGUCUGUGCCUGUUUUUUAAGUUGAAGAUGCUGUGCAUAUUUUUAUAUUUAGUAUUUAGGAGAUUUUAACACUAAAGUAAUAAGUGGCCUUCCGGAUCUCAAGUUGGACUCUCAGAUGAAUAUCUGAGGUGUUUUUUUUUUUUAAUGGUCAGUCCUAUUUAUCUUUAAAUCAGUGUCUAGACAGCUAAACGGCAUCAGCGCUCUCGUUCCCAUAUCUGUGCCCCAAGAAAGUCUGUCUAAAAGCUUCUUAAAAGCUUCUUAUUCGUUCUCUCCUCUUUCAUUUGUCUUAAAAAAGGUGUCCUUGGGCCGCCUGUACAAAA